AUGACGGCUGUCUGUUCCCGGACGGUGGGCCGUUUUGCGCCAGGUAUUGUUGUGCCAGGCCACUGGGAUGCGAGGAGCCGUGCAGAGAGGCCAUUUGGUUUACUGGCGGUGAUCCAUAGUACUGUUGCAGAUGCUGCUGUGCUAGUUGUGGCUGCUGCUGCUGCUGCUGCGGUUGUUGUUGUGGCUGACUACUACUCGAGUAUUGAUCUUGGCCGUAUCCUUGAUUAUGGUGUGGUUGAUAGUUUCCAGGAGGCGGCUGUUGGUAAUUGUUACCCUGGUAAUGGUUCAGAUACUGCGGAGCCGGCAGCGAAUUCUGCCCAUAGGCCCAUUGUUGUUGCUGCUGCGGCGGUGGCGGUGCCUGCUGCUGUGGAGGAGGCGGAGGUUGCUGUUGGUAUGGACGGCCACCCUGGUACGAGUAGGAUGAACCCAGCUGUUGAGAGUACGCGUGCAGCUGCAUCAGUUGUUGACUAUGGUGGGACUGGUUGGCCGGUCUGGAAUGCGACUGCUGGUGAUGCUGUUGUUGGGAAGGCGGGGCCCCUGAAGCAUGUGAUGGCUUCUGUUUUCUAG